CACAAGUCGUGCCUUGAAUAGAAAGCGGCCAUUACGCCUGCAUGGGGCGCAUGCUCGGAUCUCAGGCGGUUCUUACAUCCAAAUAGGAAAAGCCGGUGUCCGGAUACCCGUCCCUGUUUUUCUUCACCCCGCCGAUUUCAGCAGGAACCAGCCCGUUAACACCCCCUCCCCCUCCCCCACCCCCACACGGACGGUCUUCAAAGGGGCCGUGCUAUUAUCGCCUCCUAUCGUCUCCCGUACUCAAACCAGCCGCGUCGCGCCGGGCGGAGGUCGAGGAGAGAAGGAGGACUGGAGUCGCUUCCACACACACGGCAGUGGUCAUCAUGGAUAGGUAGCGUUUAUGUAACCCCGAUUCAAGUGGAUAUAUUUCCUUUUAGUGCGUCCGACUUGUUUUACCCCCCCCCCUCCCUGACAAGGCGAACGUUCGUGUUUUACGCUCAGCCAGAAAUGAUCUCGGGAUUAUUUAACCUGCUUGUCAACUAGUCGGAUGUGCGCGUCAACGCAACACAUCAGAAGAAACUGAAGACGCCGGGAAGAAAAACGCCGCAUCCGCCGCGGCUUUGAUUCAACGUAACAGCGGACCCGACAAGUUCCGUCGGCGGGGACGAGGCUGGAUUACUGCGGUAGUUCGCCGGCCGACCCCUCGGUGCCUCCACACCGGGCCAGACACCAACCAUGGCCGGCUUCAUACCGGGUUUACUGCCGACGAACCAUUCCCAGGAGAAGGAAUUCGCCCAGGCGUACGAAGAUGUCCUGGAGCGAUACAAAGAUGAGCGAGACAGGGUACAGAAGAAAACCUUCACCAAAUGGGUCAACAAGCAUCUCAUCAAGAUCUCGGAGAUCUACGUGAGCGGGGAGUCGGGCGACCUCACAGCCAAGGAGAAGCUUUUGCUAUGGAGCCAGCAGGCCACGGAGGGCUACCCCGGCCUCCGCUGUGUCAACUUCACCUCCUCCUGGAGCGAUGGACGCAUGUUCAACGCUCUGCUGCACAGAUACAGGCCAGACCUGAUUGAUAUGGAGUUGGUGGCGAGGCAGAGUAACCGUGACAACCUGGAACAGGCGUUCGAGAUCGCUGAGUCGCUCGGGGUGACCAGACUACUGGACGCUGAAGAUGUGGAUGUUCCUUCUCCUGAUGAGAAGUCGGUCAUCACCUACGUUUCCUCCAUCUAUGAUGCCUUCCCUAAGAUCCCUGAGGGAGGAGAGGGCAUUGCUGCACGUGAGGUGGACCAUCGCUGGUCAGAGUACCAGUCCAGGUUCUCCUCUCUGCUCCAGUGGAGCCGUCAGAAUACGGCCGUCAUGGCCGACAAGAACUUCCCUCAAAACCCUGUGGAACUCAAGGCACUUUACAAUAAAUACAUCCAUUUCAAAGAAACGGAGAUCCCCGCCAAGGAGAAGGAGAAGGGUCACAUCGAGCACCUCUACAAGCUCCUGGAGAUGUGGAUAGAGUUUGGGCGUAUUAAGCUCCCGCCGGGCCUCCAUCCCAAUGACCUAGAUGAAGAGUGGGGCAAACUGAUUUUGGAGAUGCUCGACAGAGAGAAGGCUCUACGGCCUGCUGUGGAGAGGUUAGAGUUACUGCUUCAAAAGGCUAAUAAGUUCCAAAAUAUGGCUGUGGACUGUGAAGAGAAACUCACCUUGGCCAAGAACACACUACAAGCUGACAUGUCUCGCAUGGAGAGUGGUGAGGCGGUGCAGUGUGAGAGAGAGCUGGCCUGCUACCUGCAGGACUGCGAGUCUCUCCUCGGACAGCUUGAUAAGGAUCUCGGUGUCCUCAGAGAGGAGAAGUACUACCAGGUGGAUCAGCUGGCUUUCAGGGUAUCUUGCCUUCAAGAGGAGCUGGUCUCCCUCAGACUCCAGUGCUCCAGCAUCUACAGGAAGGGACAUUUCUCCCAGACCCUGGGGUCAACACGGGGGGACCAGACCGGACUGAGGCCCACAGAUGGCAGUCUCUCCCUGGGACAGACUCUGCUGGGAGCCGUGGGCGCGGUGGGAGCGGUCGGGGCUGCCCUGCUUCGGAAACCCAUGACCCGUUCCCAGCUGGUGGCCAUGUCCUCAUCAGAGGAUGAGGGAAGCCUGAGGUUCAUCUAUGAAUUACUGGGAUGGGUGGAGGAGACACAGGAGUUGUUGGAGCGUGCUGAGUGGGGGGCAGACCUCCCUUCGGUAGAAAAUCACCUCCAGGAACAUAACGCCAUACACACUGCUGUGGAGGAGUUGCUGAAAAGUCUGCAGGAGGCCCGCAACUAUGAGGCAAACGUCUCUCCUAACUUCAGGAGCAAUUACUCUGAAACUCUGGCCAAGCUGGAGCACCAAUACUGCAAACUACUGGAACAUUCCUCAUGGCGCUUGCGGAGCCUGGAGAGCCUGCAUGCGUUCGUGUCGCAUUGCACUGAGGAGCUGAUCUGGCUCAACGAGAGGGAGGAGGAGGAGAUAGCCUACGACUGGAGCAAUGGCAACACCAACAUCAACGCCAAGAGAGAGAUGUACAGCGAAAUGAGGUCAGAGCUUGAUGAGAAACAGGAUGUGAUGCUGUCGCUCCAAGAUCAAGCCGACCGCCUGUGUCAAGAGAAUCACCCGGCCAAACAGACAGUAGAGGCGUACAGCGCGGCCCUGCAGACCCAGUGGCAGUGGGUGCGACAGCUGUGCGUUUGUGUGGAGCAGCACCUCAAGGACAACAGCGCCUACUUCCAGUUUAUGAGUGACGCUCGGGACUGUGAGUCGUACCUGCGCCAGCUCCUGGAAACCAUUAAGAGACAGUAUACGUGUGACAAGAACAGCAGACUGGGCAAGCUGGAGGACCUGCUACAAGACUCCAUGGAGGAGAAAGAGCAGCUCAUUGAGUACCGCAGUUCAGUGGCAAGCCUGGUGGGGCGGGCCAAGACGGUGGUCCAGCUUCACCCCCGCAGUGCAGAAUGCACCCUGGGAGCCACCACACCCAUCAAAGCCAUCUGUGACUACCGACAGAUAGAGAUCACAAUAAGUCGAGGAGAGGAGUGUGUGUUGGAGGACAACUCCCAGAGGACGAAGUGGAAGGUGAUCAGCCCAAGUGGAAACGAGGCCAUGGUGCCCUCUGUCUGCUUCUCCGUCCCCCCACCCAACCAGGAGGCCAUUGAAAUCGCCAGCAGGAUGGAGCAUAUGUACCAGAAGGUGAUGUCUUUGUGGCAUCAGCUCCAUGUUAACAUGAAGAGCGUGGUGUCCUGGCAUUACCUGCUGAAGGACAUCAGGACUGUCACAGCAUGGACCCUGGACACUGUGCGCUCCCAGUCACCGUCUGACCGGAUGCAGGUCCUGGGGAGCCUGGAGGCCCACCUUGCCGACUUCCUGUCCGACAGCCGCGAGAGUUCCCUGUUCACAGCGGCCGAUGGGAAGGAGUUGGAGAGGGCCGCUCACGAAGCUCAGCAGCACUGCCAGGACCUGCUGCUCAACAUGGAGUCCGUGGAGAAGGACGAGUCGGUCUCUCGCUCCUACCUGUCAGAGCUGAAGAACAUCAGGCUGCGACUGGACGAGGCGGACCAGAGGCUGAUGAAGGGCAUCCAGACUCCUCCACCCAGCAGACUGUCUACUGACAUCAUUGACAACGCCGUCCAGAUCGCAGAGCAAGAGAAACUCCAGAAAGAGUUGGACAGUCUGCGCUCCAGUCUCGGGGAGGUGUCCCGGCGCUGUGUCAGUUUCUUUGAGGAGAAGCCCUCCUCCUCCAGCGUGCCAGUCCUCCGGUCUGAGCUCAACCAGGCGAUGGAGAAGAUAGACGGACUACACAACUUGUCCUCUGUCUUCCUACUAAAGUUAAAGACCGUAGAUGUCCUGAUACAUAGCCUGGAGGAAGGGGAGAGCCUGGUCAAGAAGUAUGAGAGCCGGCUCAGCGAAGAGGACAUCGUCCCUGCCGACACUGCAGCCAUCCACAGCCUCAGAGAGCAGUUAGGGAAGUGGCAGGCCGAGUUGUCGGAGCAGGAAGACGUGUUCCAUUCUCUGCAGGUGGAGUUGGGGCGGGCCAAGGAGGCGGGUUCUCAGCUCAGCAGGCUCCAUCCAGACCGCAGCCCCGAGCUGGAACUGUACCAGGAGAGAGCCGAUCAGAUGGCAGACAGGUGGGACGGUGUCAAGAGGCAGAUGGAGACACGGCGAACCGAACUGGAGGCGUUGGGCUCGGUGCUGCACCAGUACAGGGAGGGCCACUCGGCUCUGAUCCACUGGAUUGAGGAGACCACCAAGAGACAAGAGAGCACACAGCCUGGACAGUCAGACAGCAAGGCCCUGUCUGAACAACUGGCCCAGCAGACGGCAUUGGUAGCUGAGAUUGAACAAAACCAGACCAAACUGGACGAGUGCCAGACUCACUCCAAACAGUACUGCACCUUAGUAAAGGACUAUGAGCUACAGCUGAUGACCUACAGAGCCUUUGUUGAGUCUACCCACAAGUCCCCUGUCAAAAGAAGGAGAAUGUACUCCUCAUCUGAUGCCAUUUCUCAGGAGUUCAUGGACUUACGGACACGCUACACAGCCUUGGUAACGCUAACAACCCAACAUGUCAAGUACAUCAGCGAUGCACUGAGGAGACUAGAAGAAGAAGAGAAAGAGGUGGAGGAGGAGAAGCAGGCCAGGGUUGGGCAGGUGUCUGACCUCCUGGGCUGGGUCAAGGGCCUUCAGGGGCGAAGUGGGGGCCCCAACACUGAAUCCUCACUGGCGGCCCAGCAGGCCAUCACUGAGCAGCUUGCAGCAAAGAAGGAUGAGGUUGCCGAAGCCAUCAGGAGCACCCAGGUCUUUCUAAUGUCUAAGCAGGCCAGCAAGCUGGCUCCAGAGGAGCGAGCCCAGGUUGGGGCCCAGCUGGAUGAGCUGAUGGCCACCUACAACCAGCUGUGUGAAAGCUCCACCCAACAGCUGCAGCAGCUGGAGCAACAGCUAGCCAAGGAGGAGGAGAGAAAGAGUCGAAUGGUCAUCGCAGGAGUAAUCGAUCUUGGAACUGUGAAAACCUAUUCAGUGUCCAAAGCAGCCCAACAUGGUCUUAUUGACCAGGACACCAGCCAUGUCCUCCUGGAAGCUCAGCUCAUCAUGGGCGGGCUUUUCCAGCCUGACUCUCCUCUUAGCUUAUCACUAGAACAAAGUCUUGCUGAAGGCCUAAUUGACACCCACACCAGCCAGUUCCUAUCUGAGUUACAGAAUGCUUUGCAUCUGGUGGACCAAAUGAAACCAAUAGCAGCCCGGCAGCAGCUCAUUCUGCCAGUAGUUGCAGCCAUAGAAGAGGGGCUGAUCAAAGAGGAGGUGGGACUACGUAUUCUGGAACUCCAAAUGAACACAGGAGGGCUGAGAGAUUCCAGAGGAGAUGGGAUAAGUUUGGACACAGCAGGAGAGUUGGCUCUUUUGACUCCCAGAACCUUCAACAAACUCCACUCACGGCUCCAGCGCCGGGAGCUCAUUGACCCAAACACAGCAGAAAAGCUAAACCUGCCUGAGCUGCAACAACGCUGUGUCCUCAAUGAAGACUCGGGUUUCCAUCUCUUCCCUGUUAAACAGCAACCUGGAGGUACUGUCUGCCUCUGCUCUGGAAGGAAAGUUGGCAUCUUCCGUGCCAUACAAGAAGGACUGAUCGAUCGGACAGUUACUGUACGUCUUCUUGAAACUCAGCUCUUUGCUGGGGGUAUUGCUGACCCACGGUCUGGCCACCGUCUAACUAUUGAUGAGGCUGUUAGUCAUGGGUUAAUUGAUCAAGAUCUAGCUUGCACCAUGCUAGCACGACAGCUGCAAACUGGAGGAAUCCUUGACCCUUUCAGUGGAGAACGUUUAGGGUUAGAGGAGGCCAUUCAAAGGGACCUUCUCUCCUCUCGUUUGGCUCUUUUGGUUCUUGAGUCACUGUGGGCCUUCAUGGGAAUGCUCUGGCCCGAAUCUGGAGAGCUGCUGCCCAUCGCUGAGGCCCUUCAACAGGGCUUGGUCUCAGGAGAGCUGGCAAGGAACAUCCUAAGGCAGCGUCAUGGUAUUGGGGCCCUGUACAAUCCAGAAACCCCCCAGGUGGUGCCCCUUAACCAGGCCAAUGAACAUAUCCUGCAACCUGGAAUCAUCACUGUCCUUAAAGAAAUCCAUAUCCCUGAUGUUCUUCCCAACAUGAAACGCUUAGGUACGCCAUCCCUUAACCGCCUCAGCUGGAGUUCUAAUAGCUCCUCUCCACCUCCAUCCUCCCCCUCCUCUGGGACUCCUACCACAGGGUUUCUCUGGGAAAGCAACACAAUUGAUAGUAUGGACCCUGAAGAACAGGCAAAACAUAAGUUGCUCUUUCACCUGAUGACUCAUAGCUAUGUAGAUGCCCAUUCUGGAAAACGACUAGUACUGCUUGAGCCUGAGCUGGUAGAGCUAAUCAAGGCUGCUGGUCUGGUUCCUGCAGAGUCUGCAUAUGCUGAUCAGGUUAAGGAACUCAGUUGUGUGGUCCCAGAGGACAGAAUGGGGGUUGAAGAAGCACGACCUGAGAAAAUCCCACAAGUGAAUGAUGUUCCCUUUGUCAAAAUGAUUGACAGCAGCAGUGGAAGAGAGGACGAUAGCGAACAAAUCAUCAUAUCACAGGCCAAGCCAAAGAUGAUUGAAGUGAGUGAGUCAGCCAUCAGUGCUGGAGAUGGGAAAAAUGAAGAAGAGGGCAGAGUGGAUGAUGAAAAAGAACUAAUCGGUAUGAAAAUUAUCAAGGCCACCACUAGUAAACCUGGAAAAGAAAUCACAAAAGAUUCACUUGAAAAUUGGCUAUCAGUUGUUGAUUCAGAAACCAAGGAGAAAGAUACACUAGAGGGUAUCUCACCAAUUAAAUGCAUUGAUGCUGGAAAAAUUGUGGACAGGGAGACAACAGUAGCAUCCACAGUAGACAAAGGGACAGACUCAAGACCACUUUGGACAGAAGAGAUUCUGCCAUCAUCUCAAUCAUCCAGAGUGAAAGAAUCUGUUGCUCCAGCUACACAAAGUGAUAAAACUGUUGAUUCAUUGUCUUCAGAAAAUGAGAAACCUGUAAAACAUACUCAACCUGUCUUGGAAAGUUUCAAACAAAUUACCUCUAUCAGAGAGGAGAAAUUACAACUUGGGGUACCCAAGGUUGCUCUUUCAGAGUUGGUAGUGGAAGAGACUGAAGAUGACGCUGCACUGAAAAGGUUAGCCCUUGAGCUCAAACAAGGUGGUUUGAUGACAGAAGAAGGGGAGCGGCUUCUCCCAGAUGAGGCAGUAGCCCAGGGUAUCCUCCCUGGCCACACCGCAGUGAAACUAAUGGCCCAGGCUGGUCUUUUUGGUGGCUUCCUUGAUAUCAGCAGUGGUGAGUCACUCAGUAUGGAGGAUGUGAUGCAGGAAGGUCUUCUAGAUGAAGAUUUGAUGUGGAGUGUGUUGAAGUCAGAAAAAAACUUAUCUGGAGUGUUAGAUGCAGAAAAAAAGGAAAUACUUGGUUUGAGGGAGGCAGCACGGGUAGGGUUAAUUGACCCCAGCACUGCUGCUCGUCUUCUGGAGGCCCAGGUGGCUGCAGGGGGUAUUGUUGAUCCACGCAGGGAUAAGAAAGUUUCAGUCACUCUUGCAGCCAAGAUGGGGCUAGUAGAGGAUAAUCAAAGAGAGGCAUUGGUGAUGCUAGAGAAGGCAUGCAGAGGAAAGACCACAAAUCCAGAAGCAGCUCUCACUAAGGCCACAUUACAACUUCAGAUGGAGGGAGUUGUUGACCCCCAAACUAAGUCCCCUGUUCCAGUAGAGCAGGCCAUUCAAAAGGGGUUAAUCAGGCCAGAGGAUGCAUACCAGGCAUUGUCAACACAGGUGGCUGAAGGUGGUAUAAUACACCAUGAUUCAGGAAUGAGGUUGACUGUUUCUGAUGCUGUAGAAAGAGGGCUCGUUGACCGUUCCAUUGCUUCUGGAUUAGAAGAACUAGAGUGGGUUUACCAAGGGAAAGUCAGCCUCUCAUCACACUCAGAGGCUGCACUUUUACAGGCAUCCACUGGCACCAUUAUGGACCCCGAGACAAGAACAAGACUGACCCUCACUGAUGCAGUUUCUAAGGGCCUGCUGGAUGAGAGCAUUGCCAAGGAAGCCAUGGCUUCUUCUGGUGUAACACAAGGGGUGCUUGAUCCCAAGACUGUCCAAAUUGUGCCAUACUCUGAUCUUGUACAUCAGGGUGAGAUAGACAUUGAGACGGGAAAACGCUUCCUAGUGUUGAAAGCAUUCACAGGUGUUAAGAAUAAGCAAACAGGUGACACUUUGACCCUUCCUCAAGCUAUCACAUCCAAUCAAGUUGACCCAGUUCCAGCACUACGUCUGCUCCAGAGCCAGGCAGACAGUGGAGGAAUCAUUGAUGUCAUUAGUGGAGAUAGAAUACCUCUGCCUGAAGCCUUAGAGAGAGGAUUAGUUUUGGAAGAUAUGGUCAAGGUAAUCGCCACCAAUCAGAUUAUGAAAGGAGGCUUAGUUGAUCCGACCACAGGCCAAAGAGUCUCUAGUCUAAAGGAUGCCAUCACAGCAGGGCUGAUAUCAAGAGACAUGGCUGCAGAAAUCCAGGAGAGCUUGGCUCCCAUGAAAUCAGAAGGUGAGGAUGAGCAUAGCUCUACACCAGUUACCUCAACAAGCGACACCUACAGCCCAGCUGUCACAUUGUCAGUGUCUAGCCCAGUCUCAGACAGCCAGGGAAAAAUGUCAUAUGGAAGAGAUGAGCCUACUCUUGGAUCCCAAGAGUCAGAAAAAGGGUUCAGGGUAGUCACAGAAGAUUCUGAGGAGACCUAUGUUACAGCACUGCCACUGUUUCAUGAAGCUACUGUGGAGGAAGAAGAGGAGGGAACAUAUGAUCAACUGUUGGUGGGAGAGAAAGUCACAGAUGAACCAGACCAGUCAGUUGCCCUGUUGUCUCAGUUUGCCAGCAAUGUUGAGAAAAGGAUACAGCAAGCAAUUCAGGAGAUUGAACCUCAGAAAAAUAUUCAUAAAUCAGGGGAGCUUCCACAGGAGUGGCCAGAUGAAUCACUGCAAAUGAGAGAGAAAGAGGCAGUUGAGGAACAAAAGGAGAGCUUAAGCUUUGAACGUGCAUUAUCAACAGAAGAUUCCCUUCAGGCUCAUGUCACCGAUACUACAAGCAAAGAUCCACAGGCCCAGGUCACAGAGGAGAUGGUCUCCAUUAAGUCAGGAAGACAACCUGAAAAUUUUGCUGAAAAGGAGUGUAGUUCAGCUGAUGAGAGUACCUCUCUGGCAGAUUCUGCAACAACAGAUGUCAGGACAAGUAAAGACAGAAGAGAAGUUUCAGCUCUAAGUGAAGAGGAAAACAAAGAGAAGAGUGAUGAAGCAUCAGAACAUGAGGAGAGUGCAGAGGAGAAGGUUGUUGAAGUGAAGGAUGAAACAUUGGUGAGUAUAGAGGUCAGAGUCAUUACUGAUGCCCAACAGUCAGACCAGGUGCUGGCUCUACAGUCUAAAGAUACAGAAAGCAAGAGCAAGAAGAAGAAAAAGAACAAGAAGAAAGGAAAGAGUAGUGAGAAUGACAGUGAACAACAAUUUGUGAAGAAACUGGUUCUUCCUUCCGAAACAAAGCAAGCAGACACAGAAAUUGAAAGGCACGCAAAGACUGUUGACACAGUUACAAAUGUUGUUAAAUCACAAGAGAAAGGUAAGAGAUCACAGACUCCAGAUCAGUCGGCACAAGAAGGGUUUCCCAAUUCGGAAGCAGAGAGUGACGGGAGGAUGAAGGUUCAAGAUGAUUUUGAAAACCAAGAACAGGACAUUGCUCCAGUCCCCCAAGAAUUUAGACAUCAUAGUGCUGAAUCUGAAAAAGAUGACACACAAAACAAACUGUCAAAAGACCAAAAGCAUGUUAUGAAAGAAGAGAAUAAAGUUGAGAAGAGAAAGGAGACCACCUGCAUUGUAAAAGAAAAAGAGGGAGAGGAUGCUAUCUCUCAAAAACUAAGCGAUGUCAAGGUGGAGAGCACUAAGAAGGGUGAAGAAUUGCCACAGAGAUCAAACCUACCAGACAGCGAGAAAGCUGCCUUGAUAUUGAAGGCUAAAGAGAGCAUUCUGAAGAAGGUGUUUGAGAAAGGAGUGAGCGAGAAGCAGGCUGCUGUUGAGCUAGAGGCACUACGCAAAGAGUUGGGGAAGAAGGAGAUUCAGGGGGUGACUGUCAGAGAUGCAAAGGUAGAGGCUCCUUUGACUAAGGCUGAUGUUGGCAGUCAUCCUGUUAAAGAUGAAAGUGGAAAGAGAACUGAUGGUAUCUCUAAAGAGAGGGAGGAAGUUGUGAGCAAAGAGGGCAGUCGGAGGUUGAUGAUGAGUGUGGAGACACCCUCUGUUAUGGAGGCUGGCAGUGUAGAAAAAAGUAUAUCAGAGGAUUCAUAUGAAGAGAAAAUUGAGAAGGGCAUUGUUGGAAAGGGAGAGGAAGAAAAAGAAGAGGCGCCAUCAGACCAGCCUGGCGAGAUAGACAUAGACCAGCCUGACAAGACUAAACAAGGGAAACGAAAAAACAAAAACAAAAAGUCCAAGAUACCAAAAGUCACAGAUAAAGUUCCAUCUGGAACUGAGAAGCCACUGGCUGCUAAAAAAUCAGAUUUUGAGGAGACAGUAGUAACAUUAUCUCCAGAAGUGACAACAAAAGCAGCUUUAGAAAGCAAGGCUUCCAGUGAUAAGCAGAGAAUAGGCAGGCAAAGUGGUGCUCAAUCAGAUAGUGAUGUCACCUGGCCUCCAAGUGGUGAUGAGGCAAACAAAAUGACUGCCUCUACAGUGAGUGCGAAGGGAGGUGAAAGUAUGCAGAAGAAUUUUGCAGGUGCUGCAGAAAAUCCCAUGGCUCUUAUUGAGGAGCAGGUACAGAUGAUGGGAAUUAACCUUUCAGAGGAGGCACAGCUUCAUGUUGAAGAGGAUAAACAUCUGCCGGUUGGCCCCCCUGAACGGUCUUUCCAUUCAGAAACCCAAUAUGUUGUUGAUUACGCUGACUUUCCUCAGGAGGUUAUAAUUUCUAAACCAGAUAUCCAGCCAACAGCAGUGUCUGUUCAUCUCAACACACAAGCCGAUAAAAUCACUGAGAAAGAGAAAAAGAGGAAACGGCAACAACCUCAACCAACUGAAAGCAAGACUGUUUCUGAAUCAAAAGCUUCAGAAAAGGAACAGAAACAUCCAGAGUCUUCAGAAUCAUCACCCUUGCCUUCAGAGGACAUUCUGACUAAGUCUGAAUCAACAGAGAUCCCUGCAUCUGACACAAUCACUGAGAGCUGGGGUGAGGAGGAGGAUGAAGAGAUUGAUGAGAUAGAUAUAAGGAAAGAGAGGAGCAGAGCUAAGACUGGCAAGUCUCCAUUAAUCCGCCAGGAAUGCUUGGAACACGAUCAGCGAAUCGUGGCCCUUGUCUCCAUGGUGAGGCACAUAGAGGUCCGCCUCAAACAGCAGCAACAGCAGUCUAUUGGCCGUGGCCUUAUCACCCUGGAUGACAUCAUCAGACAGACGGAGGCUCUGGAGCUUGAGCUACAUGACUUAGAACCAGAGGUCAACAAGGAACUGGAGGCUGUUGGGCGACUGCUCAAGCCCCGCCCCAAAGAUGUCCCUAACCAGCUCUUACUGGCCCUGGAGAAGGAUGGGCGGAGCUUGGCUCGUGGAUACGAGGCCGCCAGAGGUGUUUCAAACAAUAUUCUACAAGGCUUACGAGACCACAGAGACUCCUACAAGGAGGCACUAACAAUUGAACAGAAGACAUUGGGAGGACGAGUGGAGGAGUUACUCUCCUGGCUUAGAGAGACAGAGGCUCAGAUGGAUGGAGGGGUAACAGGAAAGGAGGGAACAGUGAAAACUGAUCAGUUGACACAGCAGCUCCAGCACUGCCAGAACCUCCAGUCCUCUCUUACUGCCUGCUCCAACAAGGUCAACGACGUGGUCUUUGACAUCCAGGUGUUUAUCUCCGAGCGGGCUCAGGACCUGGCCCCUGAGCAGAGCCGGCACCUCCUUGGGCAACUCCAGCUGCUUCAGAAGGCCUUCCACCGGGCCUCCGGCCAAGCCCAGGCCCAUACCGAGGCACUCUCUGCCCAGAGGGAUAGGGACGAGGAGCAGCAGCAGAGGGAGAGGCUGAAAGAAGAGGUGGAAAAGGAGAGAGAGAGGCAGAGUGCGAGGGAGAGAGAGGUGGUCCAGCAGCAGAAAGCUGAGUGCUCCCAGAAACUAGAAGGCCUCACCAUGUGGUUGGCUGGAGCUGCCAGCGUGCUGGCCAGUCAGAGAGCUGGAUCAGAGUCAGGUGACGUGAGCACACUCCAGCAGAAGCAGAAGGAACUGAAGGAUUUACAUAAGGACCUCCAAACAAAACGGGAGGGUGUGGCUGAGACCAUCCGCUUGGUGGAGGACUUAUUGGCGGAGCGAGGAGACAUUCUGAGUGUGGAGGAGCGGGAGAACCUCCAGGGAACUUUGAGUAAGAUGAAGGAGCAGUACGCCGCCCUAACGGACUCCGCUAAUACUUCGUUGACUGAGCUGGACACGGCUAUCAGCACCACCAUGCAUCAGAACACACAAAGGGCCAAGGCAGUGGAGGAGCUCCAGGAGACCCAGGCAAAGAUAGAUUCUCUGUUAGAAGACCUGUCCUCCCUUGACCAGCCUGGCAGGGGAGGAGCUGGGUUUGAGGCCGCCUUAGAUGUUACUGAUGCCCCGUUGUCCUCCACACAGCCAGAGGGCACUCUCCGGUCACGCACAGACAUGCUGCAGUUGGAACUACAGCAGCUCCAAGCCCAGCAGGCCCAGCUGCUCCAGGUCACCCAGUCAGCACGCUCCCUCCUGGAUCAGCCGGACGCUGCCGUCCCUCCAGAGGAGAAGCAGCGGCUCCGGGCAGCCAUAGACCAGCUCCAGUCACAGCAUCAGGAUAAGCUCCAAAUCUGUCAGGACCGUUUGAGGAAGUCUGAGGUUCUAAGAGACGAGUUGGCAAAGUUCCUCCAGGAACAUGGAGGUCUGUGGACGUGGCUGGAACAGAGCGAACAGGAGCUCCGUUCCCUGGGGGAAGGAGAAUCUGAUGCGCAGGAGCUGAAAGGCAGGCUGGAGGAACACAAAAAGCUUGCAGAGGAUGUGAUUUGCCACAAGGCAGACCUGCGCUUUGUGUCUAUAUCCGGGCAGAAGGUUCUGGAUUCAGUCCAGGGAGCUGUGGAGCAAGUUGGUGGUUCAGACCCUGCUCUGGAAAGCACCAAGCAGCUGGUGACAGACAAGCUACAGGAUGCCAACCACCGAUACACUACCUUACACACCAAGUCAUCGGAGCUGGGUGGCCGUCUGUCUGGUCUGUUGGAGCGGUACCAGCAGUACCAGGACGAGGCAGUGUCCCUCCACUCCUGGCUCAGCACACAGGAACAGAACCAGAGCAUAGUCAAGCCCAGCGGGGAGACAGACCCCCAGACUCUGCAGAACACACUGCGACAAGUACAACUGUUACAGGAUGAGCUGGCAGAGCGCUUGGUGCAGCUGGAGAAGGUGAAGAGAGCUGGCAGAGAGCUGGUCAGUACAGAGGAGUCCCCCUCCCUCAAAGCUGUCGACAUCCUCUGCACCGCAGAUGGGCUAGAGAAGCGGUUCGACUCUCUCUCCAUGUCCGUCUCACAGCGGGCUGAGCAGCUGCAGAUGGCUGUGGCCCAGUCGGUCAGCGUCCAGGAGGGUCUGAAUGGCCUGCUGGCCUGGCUGGACAAGCUGGUUCUGAACCCAGGACCGGUCCAACCCACUGCACAGGCUGUACAGGAUGCGCUGACCCAGAACCAGAAACUCCGGCAGGAACUGUUGUCCAGGCAGGGCAGUGUGGAAGCGACGCGGGACUCCAUCUCCAAACUCCUCCAGAGCGCGGACGCCUCCACAGCCCCUGGCCUCCAGGGGGCAGUGUCUGAGCUGACCCAGCGCUAUGCCGUGGCCCAGGCCAGCCAGGCAGAGAGGGAGGCCGAGCUGAAAGACCUUUUGCCCCGGCUGGAGAGCUACGAACGGCUGGGGACGGACCUCCAGGGCUUCACCCAAAGCAGAAUGAGAGCUCUAAGUCCGAUGGGACAACCUGACCGUGGCAUGCAGGACUACCGACAGACCAUUGAGGAGGUGAGGUCGGAGUUGGAGCAGGAAGCUGGCCCGCUGAAGAGUUUCUGUGAACUCGGGACAGACUUUAGCCAGUCUAAAGCUCUGACCGACACUCAAAGCCUGUUGGAAAACGUCAAGGGGGUGUCUGAUGAGUUCACCCAGCUGGAAGCCAAAGUCAAUGAGAGGUUCGCUGCCAUUCAGGCCUGUGAGGAGCAGCUGGCUCAGUUCCGCGGGCUCUCUGGCUCUCUCCUCAGGUGGCUCCACACGGCGCAAGACCAGCUGCCCGCCAAGGAGCCCAGCCUCAACACACAAGGCCUGCAGAGGAGAGUGCAGUCGCUCAAGGACUUGUUGAAUGACUGGGAGUCGCAGGGAGCCAGGGUGAAGGAGCUGAACAAGACCGGCUCGGAGCUGGAGUCCCUCAUCAUCAACAUCACCGCCCCGCAGACCAAGACCAGUGCUCCUCAGAUCAACGGCUCGGCCAGCCCCAGCAGCGUCAAUGGCAUUCACACCUGUAAAGACCUGACUGAGCUCCAGGUGGCUGUGUCGGACGUGAACGGCCACUAUGAGGCGCUGGGCGAGGAGCUGCAAGAGCGUCAUGGCCGCCAGCAGGCGUCACUGGAGCUGCAACAGAAGGCGAGGCAGGGCACGGAGGAGCUCAGCAGCUGGCUGAGAGACAGGGAGCACAGCCUGGAGCAGGGCCAGACCGCCUCCCCCUCCAAACCCGAAUUGGUACGCGCCCAGGCCCAGGAGAACAAGGCUUUGCUGUCAGAGCUCACAGAGCAUUCUGGGAAGGUGGAGGAGCUGAAGAGCACACUGAGGAAGCUGAUAGCGGAGAACCCUGAUUCUCCUGAGGCGGACUCCUGGAGACAACAGCUACAGGAGAUAGACUCAAGAUGGCAGAAGGCCAAUCGAACAGCAGCACAGAGGCAGACGGAGCUGGAAGCCUGUGCUGAUAGGCUGGGCAGCUUUGCCUCUGCAGCCAAUCAGCUGGGCCCAUGGCUGAGAGAGAAGGAGCUGAUGAUGAGUGUGCUGGGCCCACUCAGUAUUGAUCCUAACAUGCUCAACACACAGAAACAACAAGCACAGUUCAUGCUGCGGGAAUUUGAGACCAGGCGGCCCCAGUUCGACCAGCUGACCCAGUCUGCCGAGGGCAUCCUCAGUCCGGCUAACGACUCUCCCCAGGACCCCAAGGACCUGGCAGAGGUCCGGGCCGAGCUGGGCUCCAUCUCCCAGCAGUGGGAGGACCUGACGUCCCGACUGACCCAGAGAUCAGAACACAUUGACAAGGCCCAGGGAACCAGCGAACGCUACCAGGCCUUGUUGCGAGACCUCUCCUCCAGUGUGUCUGCUCUGGGUGAGAGGCUUGACAGCCAGGCCUCCCUGAGCGCUCAGCCCGAGGCGCUGAAACGCCGUCUGCAGGAGACCGGUGAGAUCCGCUCGGAGCUGGAGAGGAGGAGGACGGAGAUGGCAGAGGCCGAGCAGCUGUGCGGGGAGCUGAGUACCAUCGUUGCAGAGCCUUACCUGAAGGAGGAGCUGAGUAAACGUCUGGAGAGUGUCAGUGGACCACUGAGGAGUCUAGAGGAGAGGGCCGCUGACGGUCUGUCUCAGCUCCAGGCUGCCCUGUCUUCCACCCAGCAGUUCCAACAGAUGUUUGAUGAGCUGCGCUCUUGGCUUGAUGACCAGGUCGACCCCUGGGAGUCCUCCAUAAGCUCCCUCCCCUGCAAGCCGGAGGCACUCCGCUCCCUGCUGGCCCAGACCGAGGAGUUCCAACGGGGCAUUGCCAGCCAGCGGGGCUCCUACGAGCUCAUCCAGGCCGAGGGGGCCUCUUUACUCGCCACCCUACCCGCUGGGGGAGACGAGCGGGCAGCCUUGCAGUCUCGCUUGUCCACCUUACGGCAGGACUGGGACGGGCUGAACCAGAGAAUGGCGGACCGUCAGAACCGCCUCAAGACAACACUGGCCAAAGCAGAAACGUACCAGCAGCACAAGGCCGAGCUGCUUCCCUGGUUAACAGAUUGUGAGGUGAAGGAUGGAGAGAUCCAGCCAUCCCUGGAUCCCACGGCCCUGGAGGAAUCCCUGCAGAAGGCCCGGGGACUGUCAAUGGACCUUGAGCGACGGCGUCCCCUCCUGGAUUCUCUCAAUACUGCAGCAGACCUGCUGCUGGAGCAGUGCCGUGUCGGGGAGGAGGAGGUGCGUGAUGAGAAAGCCGGGCUGAACCGUAGGGUGGAUGGCCUUGGAGAGCGGGUACAUAACCGCACCUCGCAGCUGGAGGAGCUAGCCAGCCGCCUGAAGGAGUUCGAGGAAGGCAGGCAGUCCGUGGAGAGGAGGCUGGAGGCUGCCAAGCACCAGAUAGAAGUCCAGGAGGCUCUGGGGCCACAGGCCUGCAGCGCUAAGAGCCUGGAGCGGCUGAGGGGUCAGCAGGAGGGCCUGAGGUCCCUGCAGCCUCAGGUGGUCUACCUCCGAGACCUGGCUAAGGGCCUGGUGCAGGAUGCACCUCAGACACUUGGGGGCAGUGGUGAGGGGGUACAGAAACUGCAGCAGCAAGCAGCAGGCACAGAGACAGAAUUCGGAGAUGUUACUGAGAAGCUCGAGCAGUGCUGCUCCUCCCUGGAGUCCCGCCUGCAGGGUGUUGGGGAGGUCCAGUCUCACGUGCGUGAUGUCUUCUCGCGCCUGGCCGACCUGGAUGACGAGCUGGACUCGCUCAGCCCGGUGGGCCGCGAUGCCGACUCCCUGGCCUCUCAGGCUGAUGCACUGCGGGGCUUCCUCUCCCGCCUGGCUACCCUUAGGACGGAGCUGGAGGGUCACGGGUCCGAGUGCACAACCAUGCUGCGCCGAGAGGGCUCCUCCCCUGACCUUUUGGCUCUGAGGAGGGAAACAGAGGCCUUGGGCCGUCAGGCAGGCAAGCUGAGCGAGCGAGGCCAGGCCAGGUUGGACCAGAUUGAGGACGCUGCUCAGAGGGUCCGAGAGUUUUACAGACUGGUGGCGGAGCUGCAGGGCCUGCUGGGAAGAGCUGAGGAGGGGUUGAACGCCCAGGGUAUAGUCGGCACAGAGGUGGAGACCAUCAAGCAGCAGCUACAGGAGUUCAAGGCGGUGGAGAGAGAGCAGGUGGACAGCAUUCAGCCCAAGCUGCAGCUUGUCAACGCUGUGGGCCAGGGCCUCAUCCAGAGCGCCGCUAAAGACACCAACACACAGGGCCUGGAGCACGACCUGGAGGUCACCAACCUCCAGUGGAACUCACUCAACAAGAGGGUGGCUGAGCGAAUCGCCCAGCUGCAGGAAGCCCUGUUGCAUUGUGGGAAGUUCCAGGAUGCCUUGGAGCCUUUGCUGAGCUGGUUGAGCGACACGGAAGAGCUGGUGGCCAAUCAGAAGCCUCCGUCUGCCGAGUAUCGAGUGGUGAAGGCCCAGAUCCAGGAACAGAAGCUCCUCCAGAGGCUGUUGGACGACCGCAGGCCCACGGUGGAGAUGAUCCGGGCCGAGGGAGAGAGGAUCGCAGCCACGGCUGACACCCAAGACCGUGAGAAAAUCCAGACCCAGCUCCACAGUCUGGCAGAGAGGUGGACUGAACUGCUAGACAAGGCCAGCAGAAGGCAGCGGCAGCUGGAGGAGCUGCAGGUGUUGGCCCUCCAGUUCCACGAAGCCCUGGAGCCUCUGGGAGAAUGGCUCAGCGCCACUGAGAGACGCCUGAGCACCGCCGAGCCCAUGGGAACCCAGACCACCAAGAUCACCCAACAGAUCACCAAGCACAAGGCGCUCCAAGAGGACGUGUCCUCACGAGGGGCCGAGGUUGAUCGCCUCGAGGCCUUUAGCCAAUCGCUGACCCCGCUUAGCUGCGCCACCGACCAGGAUUGGCUAAGGGAGCGCGUAGGGGCAGUGCGGUCUGGCUACUCGGAGCUGUCUGAUUGGUGUGGGAGGCGGGCGGGCUUGCUGGAACAGGCUCUGGCCAAUGCCCAGCUGUUCGGGGAGGAGGAGGUAGAGGUGCUGAACUGGCUGGCGGAGGUGGCCCAGAGGCUGUCGCAGGUCUCCGUCCAGAACUACCAGCCAGAGCUGCUAGCCCAGCAGCACAAACACACCAUGUCCCUGAAUGAGGAGAUUUUGAGCAGGAAGAAGACUGUAGACCAGGCCAUCAAGAAUGGACAAGCCCUACUCAAACAGACCACAGGCGAGGAGGUGCUGCUGAUCCAAGAGAAGCUGGACGGCAUCAAGUCUCGCUACGCCGAGAUGACCGCCGGCAGCAGCAAGGCCCUCCGCACUCUGGAGCAGGCUCUGCAGCUGGCCACACGAUUCGCCAGCGCUCACGAUGACCUCAACCAAUGGCUUGAUGCCGUGGAGGCGGAGCUUAACAAUGUGGAGCCCGAUGCCACGCCCGCCUACCAGGAAAGACAGAAGGAGCUGAAGAAAGUGUCCGCGGAGAAGCGUCUGGUGUUGGACACGGUGAACGAGGUGGGCAGCGCCCUGCUGGACCUGGUGCCGUGGCGUGCCCGUGAGGGCCUGGACCGCCUGGUGGCUGACGCCAACCAACGCUACCGUCAGUGUGACGAGACCAUCACACAGCGGGUCCAGCUGGUGCAGGCCGCCAUCCAGAGGUCUCAGCAGUAUGAAGAAGCCGUGGAUGCGGAGCUGGCUUGGGUCGGGGAGACGGAGCGUAAGCUGGCCUCCCUGGGAGCCCUCAGCCUGGAGCCCGACGUGACCGUGGCCCAGCUGCAGGUCCAGAGGGCCUUCAACAUCGACAUCAUCCGACACAAAGACACUGUGGACCAGCUGCUCGGAACCAGGGAGGACAUCUUGGAGACCUGCAGCGAUGCCCAGAAAGACGCCCUGAUGGUGAAGACUGGCUCUCUGACAGCCCGCUACGAGGCAGUGAGCCACAGCCACAGUGAGCGUUUCUCAGCCCUGGAGCAGGCUCAGGUCCUGGUGGCUCGCUUCUGGGAGACCUACGAGGAGCUGGAGCCGUGGCUGGGGGAGACAGAAACCCUCAUCUCCCAGCUGCCCCCACCCGCCAUCGACACCGACACCCUCCGACUGCAGCAGGAUCAGAUGAGGCUCCUGCGGGAGUCGAUAGCGGAGCACAAGCCUCACAUCGACAAGCUGCUGAAGAUUGGCCCCCAGCUGGCUGAGCUCAGCCUCCAGGAGGGGGCGACGGUGAAGCAGCGCUACGCCAAUGCUGAAAAACGCUACCUGGCCAUCAAAGAGGAGGUCAAAAGUCGUGCCACGGCCCUGGACGAGGCAGUGUCGCAGUCCACACAGUUCCACGACAAGAUGGACCCUCUUCUGGAGACCCUGGAAGGGGCAGUGCAGCGGCUGCGCCAGCCUCCACCAGUGGCAGCCGAGGUGGACAAGAUCAGGGAGCAGCUGGCAGACCACCGGACGCAGGGCCUGGAGCUGGACAAACUGCUGCCCUCCUUCUCUGCCCUCUGCACCCGUGGGGAGGAGCUCAUCGGCCGCGCCGCCCACGACGACCCCGCGGCACAAGCGGUGCGUUCCCGCCUCUUGCGCCUGCGCUCGCUGUGGGAUGAGAUCCGGCAGCGGGCCGAGGAGAGGGAGGGGAAGCUGAACGACGUGCUAGACCUGGCCGGAAAGUUCUGGGCCGACAUGGCAGCGCUACUGAGCACGCUCCGGGACUCCCAGGAUAUCGUCAAGGACCUGGAGGACCCCGGGGUAGACCCAUCGCUCAUCAAGCAGCAGAUCGAGGCUGCAGAGGCCAUCAAGGCGGAGACGGAUGGACUGAGGGAGGAGCUGGAGUUUGUCCGGACCCUCGGUGCCGACCUCAUCUUCGCCUGCGGAGAAACGGAGAAACCAGAAGUCAAGAAGACCAUCGAUGAGAUGAACGCUGCAUGGGAAGGUCUGAACCGAACAUGGAGAGAGAGGAUGGAGCGACUCGAGGAGGCCAUGACAGCCUCCGUGCAGUACCAGGAUGCAUUGCAGGGCAUGUUUGACUAUCUGGACAACGCAGUGAUAAAACUGUGUGACAUGCCGACUGUGGGAACUGACCUGGGUACCGUCAAACAACAGAUUGAAGAGCUCAAGCAGUACAAAGUAGAUGUGUACCAGCAGCAGAUCGACAUGGAGAAGCUGUGCCACCAGGGGGAGCUGUUGCUGAAGAAGGUGUCGGACCAGACAGACCGAGACAUGAUCCAGGAGCCGCUCACCGAGCUGCGACACCUCUGGGAAAACCUUGGGGACAAGAUCACACACAGACAGCACAAACUGGAAGGUGCCCUGUUGGCCUUGGGUCAGUUCCAGCAUGCCCUGUCUGAGCUGCAGGCCUGGCUAAGCCACACACACGCCACCCUGGACACCCAGAGACCCGUCAACUCCGACCCCAAGGCCAUCGAGAUCGAGCUGGCCAAACACCACGUGCUGCGCAAUGACGUGCUUUCCCAUCAUUCCACGGUGGAGACGGUGAACCGAGCUGGGGCCGAGCUGCUUGAAUCCACUCCCGGAGACGAGGCCAGCCACCUUAGAGACCAGCUGGACCAGCUCAACCAGGGCUGGGAGAGCCUGAUACUCAAGACCCAGGACCGGCAGAAGCUUCUGGAGGCCGCACUACAUCAGGCGGAAGGUUUCCAUGGGGAGUUGGAGGAGUUUCUGCAGUGGCUCAGGAGGACGGAGAGCCAGCUGUCUGCUGCUAAACCAACAGGCGGCCUCCCCGAAACGGCCAGGGAACAGCUUCAGCAACAUAUGGAACUUCAGGCCCAGAUGACUCAUCGGGCCGACCAGUACCACCGUCUCCUGGACCAGGGAGAGUCCAUGCUCCUGGCCCGUGGAGGCGAGGAGGGUGGCCCUGGUACCACGCAGACCCAACAGAACCUGGCCAUGCUGCAGAACAAGUGGGCCAGCCUCAAUGCCAAGAUGGACGACCGCAGGGCGAAGCUGGAGGAGGCCGUUUCACUGGCGACAGGGUUUCAGACUUCUCUCCAGGACACCAUCAACUGGCUGACCCAGGCUGAGCAGACCCUGAACAUGGCCCAGCCCCCGAGCCUCAUACUGGACACCGUCCUCUUCCAGAUUGAUGAGCACAAGGUGUUUGUGAAUGAGGUUAACACCCACAGGGAGCAGGUGUUGGCUCUGGAAAAGGCUGGGUCUCAGCUCCGCUUUGCCAGCCUCAAGCAAGAUGUGGUUCUGAUCAAGAACCUGCUCCUCAGCGUUCAGGCCCGCUGGGACAAGCUGGUCCAGAGGUCUCUUGACCGUGGAAGACACCUUGACGAGGCCCGCAAACGGGCCAAACAGUUCCAUGAGGCGUGGAGGAAGCUGACAGACUGGCUGGAGGAGGCUGAGAACAGACUGGACUCUGAGCUGGAGAUCUCCAAUGAACCCGAUAAAAUCAAAGUACAACUGGCCAAGCACAAGGAGUUUCAGAAGGCGUUGGGCUCCAAGCAGCCGGUUUAUGACACCACGGUGAGGUCUGGCCGAGCCAUGAGGGACAAGGCCCAGCUUCCCGCAGACACCCAAAAACUGGACCACCUCCUGGGGGAGGUCAGGGACAAAUGGGACACCGUCUGUGGCAAGAGUGUUGAGAGACAACAUAAACUCGAGGAGGCCCUGCUGUUCUCCGGUCAGUUUGCCGAGGCCCUCCAGGUCCUGGUGGACUGGCUGUACCGGGUCGAACCCCAGCUGGCAGAGGACCAGCCCGUCCAUGGAGACCUGGAUCUCGUCUCCAACCUCAUGGACUCACACAAGGCCUUCCAGAAGGAGCUGGGCAAGAGGACGAGCAGCGUCCAGGCUCUGAAGCGCUCGGCCCGGGACCUGAUGGAGACUGGCCGGGAUGACACAGCAUGGGUCAAAGUUCAACUGCAGGAGCUCAGCAACCGCUGGGACACGGUGUGCGCCCUGUCUGUCACCAAGCAGACCCGUCUCCAGCAGGCCCUCAAACAGGCGGAGGAGUUUCGCACGGCGGUGCAGAUGCUCCUGGAGUGGCUGUCGGAGGCAGAGCAGACCCUGCGUUUCCGUGGUGUCCUCCCCGAGGAGGCGGAGACUCUGCAGACACUGCUGCACACGCACCGUGACUUCAUGGGCACGGUGGAGGAGAAGAGAACCGACGUCAACAAAGCUGCCGGCAUGGGGGAGGCCAUCCUGACCAUGUGUCACCCCGACUGCAUCACCACCAUCAAACACUGGAUCACCAUCAUCCGGGCACGCUUUGAGGAGGUGCUGACAUGGGCCAAACAGCAUGAGCAACGUCUGGAGACUGCUCUGACUGAGUUGCUCAAUAACGCCAACCUAUUGGAGGAGCUGUUGUCAUGGUUAAAUUGGGCUGAGACCACAUUGGUCCAGAGAGAUACAGAGCCCCUCCCACAGGACAUCCCUCAACUCAAAACACUCAUCACAGAACACCAGAUGUUUAUGGAGGAGAUGACCAGGAAGCAGCCUGAUGUGGACAAGGUGACUAAAAGCUACAAGAGGAAACCAGCAGAGCCUCCCAGUAGCCUAGCUGAGAGGAGAGGCGCUCGUAAACACCAGCAACAUCAACAGCAUCAACAGGCAGCCAUGCAGGUUGCCGGGGGUAACCCACGGCUCAACCAACUUUGCGCCAAAUGGCAGCAAGUUUGGUUGUUGGCCCUUGACCGCCAGCGCAAGCUCAACGACGCCCUGGAUAGGCUUGAGGAGCUGAAAGAGUUUGCCAACUUUGACUUUGACGUGUGGAGGAAGAAGUACAUGCGCUGGAUGAACCACAAGAAGUCUCGCGUCAUGGACUUCUUCAGACGCAUCGACAAAGACCAAGAUGGGAAGAUAACGCGACAGGAGUUCAUCGAUGGCAUCCUGGCCUCAAAGUUUCCCACCAGUAAGCUGGAGAUGACAGCAGUGGCAGACAUCUUUGACAGGGAUGGAGAUGGUUACAUUGACUACUAUGAGUUUGUUGCUGCUCUGCACCCUAACAAAGACGCCUACAGACCCACAACAGAUGCUGAUAAAAUAGAGGACGAGGUGACCAGACAGGUGGCCCAGUGUAAAUGUGCAAAGAGGUUCCAGGUGGAGCAGAUAGGGGAGAACAAAUACCGGUUCUUCCUUGGGAAUCAGUUCGGGGACUCACAGCAGCUGCGCCUGGUCCGGAUCCUGCGCAGCACCGUCAUGGUGCGGGUCGGAGGAGGCUGGAUGGCUCUGGACGAGUUCCUGGUCAAAAAUGACCCAUGCAGAGUGCAACAUCCUGGACUUAAGAUCCUCCGCUCCGAUUCCAGUAGCUCCAUCUCAUCUCGUAUAGCUCGUGGUCGUACCAACCUGGAGCUGAGGGAAAAGUUCAUUCUUCCAGAGGGGGCGUCUCAGGGUCUGGCCGCCUUCCGUUCCCGGGGACGGCGCUCCAAGCCAGGCUCCCGCAACGCCUCACCCACCCGCUCCUCCUCCUCGGCCUCCCACAGCGCCCACAGCUGCGCCUCCCUCCCUUCCACUCCAGCCACCCCAACCACCUCCGCCUCAUCGAGGUCUUCCCAUACUCACUCGCGAGACUAUGCCAAGCCCUGGCUGGCUCACAGUAAAACUCCAACGCCAACCAAGUGCCACUGCUGCCCAGAUCACGGCCAUGGCCACACCGCCCCUGGGCACGAGGGGGCGUCGUCAGGGUCCAAGCUGAAGAGGCCGCCGUUCCACUCCAGCCGAGGCUCGCUGACGGGAGAAAACGGAAACGGCAAACCAUCUCGCACAGACCCAAAGCGUGCCGGGUCCACCGCUAGUGGUCCUGCCAGCCGGGCCGGCAGCCGGGCAGGCAGCCGGGCCAGCAGUCGACGUGGCAGUGACGCCUCGGACGCCUCAGAGCUGCAGGACACGCGCUCGGUCUGCUCGGAUACGUCGGACACACCGCGGCGGCCAGGGGGAGGCGCCAAACCCUCCAAGAUCCCCACCAUCUCCAAGAAGGCCCCCAGCCCCAAGACCCCCGCCUCAGCGAAGAAAUAGGAGCAGCCGGAUGGAGGAGGAGAAAUGGAGGAAGAGGAAGACAGUCGGCUUUGUUGCCACCCAUGACCACUGGAGCUGAGCUGAAACCCCGCCUCACAUCACUAUUCUCACAAUGGGUGGAGCUGCGAUUGCUGGUGGCCAUCUUGGGUGUGCCACCGUCCAUCCAUUGGGUUUGCAUGGGACUCGUGCACUUUAACUAAUGUUAUUUCAGGUCGGCGGGGGGGGGGUAGAGGUGUAGAGAAAAGAUGAAUACCCUCUCUCUGUCCCCCCCCCCUUCUUCCACUCAUUCACAACAUGCACAAGAGGAGAAGGGCUCCGGACCAUGAACCUGAAGUCAGGGUUCAUGCUCCUGCACGACGGGUUUUCAAACAGAGCGGAAAAAAAAACCUUUUUCUUAAAGAACCAAUUCCAGUUUGCCUUCCCGACGCCUCCAUUUUCUCUCAUGAGUUGACUUUUCUAGGAGAUUCUACGGUUUCUCUAGAAUGGUCCUACAACCGCCCACCAACUUCCCCAUGGGAAACUCCAGCUGCGUAGAACCGAAAAUCAACCAACCAAGCUAACUUGAUGCUGCCUUAUUUACUGUUACACGUCUCUGUCGUUACCAGAGAAAGAGCCAGAGAGAAAGAUAAUCUUUCAACUGCUUAACGUUUCAACACUGACUCACAAAUACACGUGUUUGAAUAAAAACUACACACCCACACACACACACACUCACACACUUUCACACAGGUGAUUAAGGAGUGGGUUACACCACGGUGACUAAUUCUACAUCAGCUCACAGGAUGACACGAGAAAAAAAACACUUUGUGAGUUCAGAUCGGUGUGUGGGUCACAGUUCAAUGCCGAGUGAGGGAAACGAAAAAGGAAAUAUGCAAUGACGGCCAUGUUGCUCCUCCCCGGGCUUGAUCGGCUGGUUGGUGAAAGAGAGAGACACCUCAGCAUGUCUCUGUGGGAGUGGAGCAUGCAGACGCCACGCCACGCCACGCCUGACCACUUCCUGCUUCAAAACACACCGACGGGCCGCAACCUCGGAGGACUAGCGACGGUUGUGGUGGGAAUGAGCAGUUGCUACAACUACAGAGAAGAACAGACACACACACACAGACACACACACACAAACACGUGUAUGUACGCACCGCAAUGCAGAACCUGCUCCAACGUUGCACCGAAGGGUGUGUGUGUGUGUGUGUGUGUGUGUGUGUGUGUGUGUGUGUGUGCGCGUGUGUGUGCGUGUGUGUUAAAGCAGGUGGGGAUUUGUCACAACUCCUUUCAACAGUCCGUCAACAAAACACUUAACUCUCAGUAGAAGGGACAACUUCUCACGCUGACACCUUCCACUGACGGCACAUUAAUAACUACACAACAAGGUCACCUAGCCCGGUGGUAAUGACUCUUUGCCUUUAUUAUUAUUAUUAUUAUUAUUUUAUUUUUUUUGGUGAAUUGAGAGUUUGACAGCCAGCUCACACCAACUGUCUCCCCCUCCUCGAUCUCGCGCCGAACUCGGCCGGCCAGGAGCACAGACGCCCCCGCACGCGGCACUAGUGCGCUGUUACGUGUGUGUCGUUUUCACGUGUUACAAAAAAAAAUAAUUAUAGAGGUCAUUAACUCGAGUCACUGUAUGCAAAGAUUUAAUUUGCGAAUGUUUUUUUUCCUCUGUCCUCUGAUUGUUCUCUGGUUAAUUUAUGAUCCAGCUGUGCAUUUGUUUUCUAGCUUGAGAGAAAAAUCUAUAUUUAUUUUUAAGCUCUGCGUCAUAUCACCUUCAGCGGAGAGCGGUUAGUGUUGAGAUUAGGGAAAUGUGAUCUUUUGUACCAAGGAGAUGUCAACGCCGAUCCUCUGUCGACAUCGUUUGUGUGUUUAUAAGCGUGUUUCUACUUCAUGGUGACAUAACAUUAUCCAUCAGGGCGCCGACUGAUUCCGAUGGCAGCCUUGUACCUUUUUCUUUUUUUGUGUGUGUGCUAAGGACUACAAUUCCCAGAUCAUGACCAAAGGGGGUUGCCCUUGACGUGUAGCGACAAGUACUACAAAUAUGAAUGACAGGGGACCUUAGCAGAGUGGGCCAAUGAGAGGGAGCUUCCUCUAUCAUGUCCCGCCCCUUAGUGUCUCCUUUUUAACCCCCCCCCUCCCAAAAUGUCCUGUCACUGACGGGGCCUGACUUGUCCGUGUGCAUUAUCUCAACGUAAGAGAUGACAUUUAUAGAAAUCCUGAUACAGCAAAAGAUCUUCUGGUGAUUUUUUUUUUGUAAUUUAUUGUCAUUUGGACGGUGGGGUUUUGGCACGCAGGAGAUGAGCCCACUACCUUUUGAUGCUGUGCUACUCUGAUAAAGACAUACAUGGAGGGGAGGGAGACAAGAGCGGCAUCAGCAGAAGUCAACUGUGUAAAAGUAAAACAAAACAAAAAAAACAAAUUAUAAACAAUUUUUGCUCUGUUUUUGUAUUAAAAGUAUGCUUGCAGAAAACAAA